UGAGUUCUGUGACAACCGUUUGCCUUGUCUUUCUUUUCAAGAUGUUUUUACAAGCCCCUGGAUUGGAUCAAUGGACUGUUGAAAGGAAGAUGGGAAAAUCAACCUACCAAAUAAUUUCAAUUCAAAAAUCCUUCGACAACAAGUUUGUUUAUUAUUCUACUAUGAUCAGAGCACCGAAAAAUACGGAAAUGGAAACAUAUGAAGGAGGCUUGUUUUCUAACUGGAGAAAGAACUCGAAAUGGGAACUAGUGAGCAAUAAUAGUCAUGCUGAUACAGCUCUGUACAAAGCAAGCCUGAAAGGUACGCCCAAUACUUUUCUGAUACCCCCUGUAUGGCUGAAAUCGGAAUCCGAAAGCUUUAGAAUGCAGUACGCUCCUUUUGCAACAAUAGAAAUGCAAACAAACUUUAAGUUCAAUGAUUGUCAAUUUCAAGUGGAAAAGCAGGAAUCUCAGAUAGCUACCCUAUAUAAAAUUACCGUUAGAACCUGCAACUGCAGACGCAAAUUUGAGGGAUCAGUAGGAAAAAUGACUCUAAAUGGAUUCGAGGAAACAGCUGGAUUAUCAGCCUUGUAUUUUUUUCCUGUCCACAUGUUUGAAGGUUUUUCGUCGGAUGACCAAAUAUCCUCUAUCUUCAUUAAUCGCACUGCACUUAUUAAUGAUGGAGUUGACGUCAAGUCUCUAAAGUUCUCUAUCGAACGGGAACAAGAUGACUUGGACAAAGAUAUGGUAGAUGAAUCCAAACUCUAUUAUAAAUUGAUUUAGUCAUGUUUAGAUAAACUGUGAACAUAACCGUAUUAAGUACAGUUAUUUAUUCAAGGAAUUUAAUAGGAAGUUAUAUUGGAAAAAUAUUAUUGAUAUUAGAAUUCUGUCUUUGAUAAUGUU